AUGGACUCUUCAUGCCUCCCUUCCGUGUCCACAAGGUCCGAUUGUUGUACCGCAACCCUAGUUCCGGCGUGCAGAGUUUCUACCGACCACGAGGCGCCACAAGCUGGCUGUGAUGCAUUUCUUUCUUGGGUGAAGCGCGACAGUCAUAAUCAUCAAAGAGUCCUAUUCGUAUGUAUGUGGGGUCAGUGUUUCCACGAAAUGGAAGCGAAGGACGAACUGGCAGCUCAUUUCGAUGUGCAUCUCAGCAGCUACGUUAACGAAAUGUCUGGUAACGAUUCGUGGAUUUGUCCUAUCAAUACGUGCUCACAACUGGCUGCGUCUCCCAUUGAUCUCAGACGACACCUUGCUAUGCAUCAGUUUCAGGCUCAUGCACAAUAUGUAGGGCUGUUGAUGCUCGCGGCAAAAUAUGACCUUGUCAAGCUAGAAAGGUGCGGUUUCCAGCCAUCUCUUGACAUAACAUAUUCGGGAGAGGUUACUUAUUGUUUAUGGGACAAUUGUAACCAUGAUUUUUCGGAUCCACUAGAUCUGUUCACUCAUGUUAUGGUGCAUAUUGAUUUUCUCAGCAGUGAUGACAAAGUACGUGAUGACGACUUUAGAUCCAUGGCACAUUUCAAAUGCUCCUGGGAGAAUUGUUUUCGGCAUUUCGAAUCCAAGGGAGAUUUGAGGAAGCAUGUGCGUCAUCACAGUGGAGAGAAGUAUUGUGCAUGUCCCUUCUGUGGACGGUUUUUUUCAAGACCGGACAAACUUUACGAGCACCUUCACAAGCGGGCUCCUCUCGCUGUCAAUGUGGAUUCACAGUUGUGUCUCCUCUGCCAACGUCGUUUCGGUGAUGAGCGCUCCUUGAUGAAUCAUGUUCGUAGACAUAUAAAUGGUCGUCAGUGCCCGACUUGUGGACUAGCUGUUCCAUUACCUUCGGAUUUACAUAGGCACAUUCUUGUGAAACAUACAGAAAGAGUCAAAUCAUUUGUUUGCGAAGAAUGCACAAAGAGCUUCUAUUGCGCUAAUGACUUGCUCCGUCAUGGCAAAUUGCACGCCCCACCGAACGAAAUUUGUCCAACAUGUGGAGAACGCUUUAGGUGGAAAAAACAACUGGUUAAACACAUGUCAUCCCAUUCCGAGACAACUCUGGACCGACCUUAUCUCUGCCAUCUUUGUAAUUCAACGUAUGCAACGGGUCAUGGACUAACUCGUCACCUUUCGCGGAAGCAUGAUUGUCCAGUUCCUGAAGGUUUCAGCAGGUUCUCCUACAAGAAGUGUGCUGACGGUUGUUAUCGAUUACAAACUCGGAAACUUGUACGAACAGUCUUGUAUGAGAAAUAG